AUGACUACGCACAUGGAUAAAGGCAAAGCUAAGCAAUAUAAAUGGUUCGAUAACGGCCCACCUACGACAUUUUGGCUUUCCGGAUUCUUCUUCACUCAAGCAUUUCUCACCGGUGCGCAACAGAAUUUUGCACGCAAGUACGUUAUACCAAUCGAUCUGUUGGUUUUCGACUACGAAGUUUUGCACAUGGAGGAGGACCAAACUAAAGGCGUGGCUGCCCCAGCUGAUGGCGUCUAUGUGUAUGGGGUAUUUCUGGAAGGUGCAUGUUGGGAUCGCGUAGGUAAUUGGUUAGCAGAAUCACGCCCGCGUGAGUUAUUUGAUCACAUGCCAGUGAUUUGGAUGAAACCUGUAAAGCGUAGUGAUCUCAAAGAACGACACGUCUACAUUUGUCCGUUAUACAAGACAGCGGAACGUCGCGGUGUGCUCUCCACCACAGGUCAUAGUACGAAUUUUGUUGUGGCAAUGCUUCUGGAAUGUAAUCCGGAAACAGAUUUAUCACAUUGGAUUGAGCGCGGGACGGCGUUGCUAUUUAAAUGGUUCGAUAACGGCCCACCUACGACAUUUUGGCUUUCCGGAUUCUACUUCACUCAAGCAUUUCUCACCGGUGCGCAACAGAAUUUUGCACGCAAGUACGUUAUACCAAUCGAUCUGUUGGUUUUCGACUACGAAGUUUUGCACAUGGAGGAGGACCAAACUAAAGGCGUUGCUGCCCCAGCUGAUGGCGUCUAUGUGUAUGGGGUAUUUCUGGAAGGUGCAUGUUGGGAUCGCGUAGGUAAUUGGUUAGGAGAAUCACGCCCGCGUGAGUUAUUUGAUCACAUGCCAGUGAUUUGGAUGAAACCUGUAAAGCGUAGUGAUCUCAAAGAACAACACGUCUACAUUUGUCCGUUAUACAAGACAGCGGAACGUCGCGGUGUGCUCUCCACCACAGGUCAUAGUACGAAUUUUGUUGUGGCAAUGCUUCUGGAAUGUAAUCCGAAAACAGAUUUAUCACAUUGGAUUGAGCGCGGGACGGCGUUGCUGUGCCAGUUGAGCUUCUAAGCGGUACUAAUUUUACAUACAUGCAUACAUACUUAGAUAAUACAUUGACACAUACAUUCAUGUAUACAUACUAGGGCCUUCAAUCCCGAAGAAUCUUAACAAUCCCGGGAUUUCGGGAUGCAAAAAGUUCUAAUUCCGGGAUCCCGGGAUUUUUCAGGAUUUCGACUUCAUCACAACUUUUGCAUGUAACAGUAGGUUCGCCUUUUUUAAACCACACAGAUUCAUUGUCACCCUUUUUGGUCUUACAGGGAGCAUAAUGCACCUUAGUAAAAGAGUCCGUAAUUUAAUGUCUAAAUAUUUUUAUAGUAUUCUUAAUUAUCUAUAUUAAUUGUAAAAACCACUGACUAAUAUCUUCAGAAAUUCAUUUUCCACAAAACGCAAACAAAAUAAAAUGAAAAACAACCCUUCUACACUGUAAAAUCUUGUUGUGUUUUCAAU